GGGGGAUUGAUGUAUUGUGGCCCACGCCUUCACGUUUUUUCUGUUAUCUGUUCGACCGAGUUUUAUCAAAAACCUCGUCAUCAUUCCGUCACUGAUCUCCAAUCCAUUACAAAAUCCAACAAUUUCUCACUUUCUCUCGUCAUGUCUCAGGUGAAUGGGAAAGAUCCGCUAAUCAAUCCUCCGGCUGCAACCGAUGAGAAGGCUGAUUCAGCUGUGAAAAAAGCUUCCUCUGAAUCAAGUUCCUCGGAUUCACAAUCUGGAAAAAUACCCGUAAUGCCCUCCACCCCAGGAGCUGGAUUUCCUGCAAGUCCUUUUAACUUCUCAUCUAUGGCCAGUCUACUUAAUGACCCAAGUGUCAAAGAAUUAGCUGAACAAAUGGCAAAAGAUCCUUCAUUCAAUCAGAUGGCAACUCAACUCCAGAAGACCUUUCAUGGUCCUGAAGAGGGUGUUUCUCCUCAGUUUAAUACACAACAGUACUAUUCCACAAUGCAGCAGGUUAUGCAAAAUCCACAAUUCAUGACAAUGGCUGAGCGCCUUGGUAAUGCCUUGAUGCAGGAUCCAUCAAUGUCUCAGAUGCUUGAGAACUUAUCUAAUCCAGCUCAAAAAGAUCAGCUUGAGGAACGAAUGGCUCGAAUCAAGGAAGAUCCAUCCUUGAAACCUAUUUUAGAAGAGAUUGAAUCUGGAGGUCCAACUGCAAUGAUGAGGUAUUGGAAUGACAAAGAAGUUUUACAAAAGUUGGGUGCAGCAAUGGGUGUUCCAGUCCCGGGAGAUGCAGCAGGUGGAAAUUCAGGAGGAGAUGAGCCGGGAGGAGUAAGUGAAGAUGAAUCUGCUGUUCAUCAUACUGCUAGCGUUGGUGAUGUGGAGGGUUUGAAGAAAGCAUUAGAUUUGAGUUCUAAUAAAGAUGAAGAAGAUUCAGAAGGCAGAACUGCUUUACAUUUUGCAUGUGGAUAUGGAGAGGUGAAAUGUGCUCAAAUCCUUCUUGAGGCAGGAGCAAAAGUUAAUGUUUUAGACAAAAACAAGAACACCGCCCUUCAUUAUGCAGCUGGUUAUGGCCGAAAAGACUGUGUUGCCCUUUUGCUUGAAAACGGUGCUUCCGUUACUCUUCAGAACAUGGAUGGGAAGACACCUAUUGAUGUUGCCAAACUUAAUGAACAAACUGAUGUACUGAAGCUGCUUGAGAAGGAUGCGUUUCUAUGAGUUUUAUGAUUUUUUUGUUUCGAUUGAAGGUUUUUUUAUAUUUAUUUAUUUUUUAUAAUGUUGGUGUUAGAUCUUUCAUGAGUAUAACUAUUUUUUUUUAUUUUAAUUUGUUGGUUUUAUUAUAAUUGUGUGCUUCUUUCUAACAAAGAUGCAUAUUUGACA